AUGGGUAACACAAACUCUGCUACGGUGAAUCGCGACCCGCCCAAGGUCCAUCGUGAUCUGUGCGGCCUGCGAUACGACAACAGGUUUAGCUUUGCUUGGAACAAGCCUCGAGGCAUCACUACGACGUGCUUCAACGAUGUUGUACUCGAGCCACUAGCAACGUGGGUGUUGCUGCUCGUUCUUCUACCGUUGCUAGCGCUGAGCCUGAGACGCACCAGGUCGAGCUCAAUUUGCUCGUCAAGGUUGAUCAAUUACAGAUCAUCGACAUACCGAAACGAACACAAGUUCAGCGGACGGCAUUCCAGAUGGCGCACAGCCUUGGAUGUCAUAUACAUGCUUCUGGUUGUUGCGGCGUUGCUCAUGAACAUUCUUCAGUUUGUAAGAUUGGUACUGGCAGACCGUGGCGCCGGACUGCUCCCUUUCAACUUGGCAGGCAUCUUGAUCGUCCUCGUCCUUAUGCACCUUCGCACCCCAGACCUCGGGGCAGUCAGCUCGACGAUUUUGGCAUUUUGGACAAUGCUUCUCGCUUUCACAGCAGUGGCGUUACCGGGAAUGGCCAAGCUGGAAGGUAUCGAGGAUCGCAAAGGCACUGAAUAUUUGCUGAGUGACGAGAAGAUCGAUGUUGGGGUACAGAUUGGACUGUAUGCAGUAUCUUGGCUUGUCGAAGCCUCUCGGUUGGUCAAGAGGUCGGUUGCAGCUCGCAAAGAGUCGAGAGGCUCCUCGAAGCUGCCUGAAACUCCCCACAACGACGGUCUCGCAAUGUCGCGAUCAGUCGAAGACAAGGCCGUUGCAAACGCCUAA